UCACUUGCAACAGAAGGAAACCCUCCGAAGGACCAUGAAUUCGGGUCAAUAUGACUCUGCUAUCAUCGAGAUGGUAGAGCAAAAAUUUGUUGGCUGUGGAUCAAUACUCGCGACUUUCCAAGGCUAUCAAAUCGAUGACGAAAGGCGAAAGAACCGGCUGUUUGUCAUCGUGAGUUCUGAGAACACAUCAGCACUUUUCACUAUCUCUGUAGCUCGGCAUCCACCAGAAACCGUAUCGGACCUCCCAAUAGUAUCCGCUUAUCCCAUCGAUACAUCUUUCUGGGUAAAUCCCGUCAGCUGUUUAUCUAGUAGUCAAUUUACGAUAUUCUCCAACAAUGAAUCUACUGUGUAUUACUAUCAAGAUAGUCCGGAUACAAUCGCUUCCUGGGACAAUUUUAUCGCCGAGCUGAAACAGUUGAUUGCCGAAUCCACGUGCAAUUCUAAGCAGGCCGUUGUCACUGGACGUUUGCUAGAUUUCGGAUGGGUGGAUGAAUUCAAACGGGCCGAAAUGCUUUCCUAUAAUCAUAACAUUACCGACAGUCGUCUAGCUCCGAAAACUAGGAACAGUACUUUCAAAGAGGAGCUGCAACAACGUCGACACGAGUAUAUAGUGUUUAAACAAUUCAAAAUAUACACCGCCACCUGGAAUGUCAACGAACUACCGGCUGAGGAUAUCGAUCUGAAAGAAUGGUUGCACACCACGGAAGAUCCGCCGGAUAUCUAUGCGGUAGGACUUCAGGAAAUGAAAAACUAUCCAACCUGGGUAAACAAGAUGAUGAGUGGAAUGCACAGUGGAGCGGCCUAUGAAGAACUUGCAUCAGUACAUUUGGCAGGAAUAAUGCUAGCUGUGGCUGUGAAAAAAUCACUUAGGUACAAGAUUUCAGAUUGUUUGACUGCAGAAAUAACAACUGGGCGUAUAAACUGGGGUAACAGAGGUGGUGUUGGCGUCAGUUUCCAGCUGAACGAAUCGCUCCUGUGCUUCGUAAAUGUUCAUCUGGCAGCUCAUUCACAACAAGAGGUCGAACGCCAAAACGCAGAUCACAAUGAAAUCAAAAACAAAAUGUUUUUUGGAAAUACCACGGGGGGACGCUCCAUCGACAAUCAUCAUCAUAUCUUUUGGAUCGGCGACCUGAACUACCGAUUGUACCAGGAGAUUUCUCAAGAGUUCGUCAACGAAAAAGAUAAGAACUAUAAUCAACUGUGCUCGGUAGAUCAACUGUAUAUGCAGAAGUUUAAGAAAAAAAUCUUUGAAGGUUACCAGGAAGGAAAAAUUACCUUUCCACCAACGUAUAGGUAUGAUCCCGGAACGGAUGACUGGGACAGCAGCGAAAAAAAACAAAGCCCGGCUUGGUGUGACCGAAUCCUGUGGAAAGGAUCCCAAAUAGAUCUGUUGAAGUAUGAUAGCGUAAUGAAAUUGAGAAAAAGCGACCAUAAACCAGUUUUUGCAGUUUUUAGUGUAAAUAUUGAAAAAAGAGAUGAGAAAAAGUUUCAAAAAGUACGAAUAGAACUGUUGAAAACUUUUGACGAGUAUGAAAACGCCAACCAACCCCAAAUAACUGUGAGACAAACAGAACUCGACUUUGGGCACAUACGGUUCAAUGAAAAGUUUUCUCGGGAACUAAUCGUUACCAAUAAUGGUCAUCUUCCUCUAAAGUUUAAAUUUGCAGCUAUAAACGAACGAAACAGUAACGUUUGUGAGGAAUUCGUUAAAAUAAGUCAUGAAUCGGGAGAACUGACAAAAGGCAACAGUCUCAGCAUAUGGAUAGAUAUUUUCAUAGAUGCUAAAACAGUUUCGAUCAUGCUGAAGAAACUCAAGGAUGCUGAUGAUAAAAGAAAACCAGGACUAGACAUUCUCGUUUUGCGUGUAGAGAACGGACGUGAUGUAUACAUUACCAUUCUCGGAAAGUACAAACCAAGCUGCUUCGGGUUUUCUCUUGAAACUUUGAUGAAACUGAAUAAACCGAUCUGCAUGUACGAUAUAAAUGAACUCGUCGCUCUUGAGGAAAAAGAGGAACUAUACAAUCUUUCCAUGGACCAAAUUCCUCGGGAAAUCUGGCGUCUGGUAAACUAUUUGAAUAACAGUGAUAUGGAAUCGACAGAAUUGCUUAUCCACAAUCAAACUCAUUGCAAAGAUGCGAAAUUUCCGGAGAUUCGUGAUUGGUUGGAUAGUUGGUCAUCGAAGGCGUUCCCUGGUGGACCCAAAGCAGCCGUGGAGGCUUUGCUGCUGUUUCUGGAAUCACUUCCUGAGCCGGUGCUCGAAAUUGGUGUUCAAGACUGCAAGUCCUGCGCAAACAAGUAUGAGAAAUGUCGGAGAUUGAUUCGGACUACAUUGAAGCCUGUUAAUCGACAGGUGUUCCGAUACAUCUGCAAGUUUUUGAAAGAACUUCCAAACCGAUGCCCGUCAGUCCGGCUGGAAGAAUUGGCUAUCGUAUUCGGCAAGGCAUUGAUACGCUCAACCCAACCAACGGAGGCAGGAACUGCAGCUGGCAAAGAGAUGUGCUCGUACGCCGAGGGCAAGCGGGACAUAAGAGAGAAAUUUAUGAUGACCUUCCUGAAGAGCAAAAGUGUUCGUUCUAAAUGAUUUGGAUUCGGAAUAUGCAAACAUUAUUUAAGUAU